GUUUUGGACAGACACACGUGUGUCUGCUGUCCUGGUAGGUUGGUAUAUGAAGCUCUUGAUCUCAAGAGAGAUGGGUCAGGACCAGACAAAGCAGCAAAUAGAAAAAGGACUCCAACUGUACCAGUCCAACCAGACAGAAAAGGCCCUGCAAGUCUGGCUGAAGGUUUUGGAAAAGACUACGGAUGCUGCUGGAAGAUUCCGAGUUCUGGGAUGUCUCAUCACUGCUCACUCUGAGAUGGGCAGGUACAAAGAUAUGCUGAAGUUUGCAGUUGUACAGAUUGACACAGCCCGGGAGCUGGAAGACCCCGACUACCUUACAGAGAGCUACCUGAAUCUGGCACGGAGCAACGAGAAGCUCUGUGAAUUCCAAAAAACAAUCUCCUAUUGUAAGACCUGCUUGAACAUGCAAGGCACCACAGUGAGCCUGCAGCUGAAUGGCCAGGUCAGCCUCAGCAUGGGCAAUGCCUACCUUGGCCUCAGCAUCUUCCAAAAGGCACUGGAGUGUUUUGAGAAAGCCUUGCGCUAUGCACACAACAAUGACGACAAGAUGCUCGAGUGUCGCGUCUGUUGCAGCUUAGGAAAUUUCUACACACACCUCAAGGACUAUGAGAAAGCCCUAUUCUUUCCAUGCAAGGCAGCUGAGCUGGUGAAUGAUUAUGGAAAGGGCUGGAGUCUCAAGUAUCGGGCAAUGAGUCAGUACUACAUGGCGGUAGCCUAUCGGAAGCUGGGACACUUGGCAGAUGCUAUGGAAUGCUGUGAGGAGUCAAUGAAGAUUGCUCUUCAGCAUGGAGAUCGUCCUUUGCAGGCCCAAUGUCUGCUCUGCUUUGCUGAUAUCCAUCGCAGCCGUAUGGACGUACAGACAGCUUUCCCCCGCUAUGAUUCCUCAAUGAGUAUCAUGACAGAGAUUGGAAAUCGUCUGGGACAGAUUCAGGUGCUGCUGGGAGUGGCCAAGUGCUGGGUGAUUCAGAAGGAACCAGACAAGGCACUGGAAAGCAUUGAAAAGGCUCACGAUCUGGCAGAAGGACUGGGAAACAAGCUUGGCCUGCUGAAGAUUCACUGCUUGUGCGAAGGGAUCUAUCGCACAAAGGGACAACAGCGGGAGCUCCGUAACCAUGUGGUGAAGUUUCAUGAAUGCGUUGAGGAAAUGGAGCUUUACUGUGGCAUGUGUGGGGAAUCCAUUGGAGACAAGAACCACCAGCUCCAGGCAUUGCCCUGCUCCCAUGUCUUCCAUUUGAAGUGUCUGCAAACCAAUGGGACACGUGGUUGCCCCAAUUGCCACCGUGCAUCAGUAAAACCAGGAUUUGUGUGAUCUGUGGAAAUCCAUGAUUGAAGACAGCUCAUUUUGAUA